CCCGGGCAGUGGCUGCUGCAGACUAGGAGGAGUGAGCCCUGGUUUGAAAUCGUUUGGGGGCGGCAGGCGGCGGCUGCGGCCGCGGGAAGCUGACAGGACGGCUGACCGUAGGGGCGCCAGACUCCUUGAUUGGAAAUGGCAAGAGAAGAAGAAAAAUGGGAGAGCUUGGAUGCAGAAUUUGAUCACUAUGUGGUAGAUAUGAAGCCUUUUGUUCUAAAAUUACCUCAUCAUUCAGAGCGACAAAGGUGUGCACUUUGGAUUAGAAAACUGUGUGAACCUUCAGGUGCAGGCACAGGAAUAAUGGGUAGGAAGAAUCGAAACCUGUAUGCAAAACUAUUGGUACAUAUGCUUAAACGAGGAGUUUUAGAAGGUCCUUUUACGUACCGACCUGAACCAGGAACAUUGAAAACUUUACCGUCUUACAUGUCCAUCUAUUUGGAUGAACCAAAUUUAGCAAGAGCAAAAUGUUCAAAUCCAGAGGGAUUACCAGACUGGGUAAAGAGUGAAUUGAGGACAAGUGAAUACAGACUGAGUAAUUCAUGGAGACUUUCAUCCGAUGAAGAGAGUAUAUUUAUGCAACCACCAGUAACUGGACACAGCAGUAAACAACGAUCUACUGGGGAGCUACGAAUGAGAUCACAUUCUGUGAGUCCAAUUCACCGAUCAGAGGAAGAAAAUCUGGGCACACAUAUUUCUAGAGAUUACCUCAAGAAAUCUUCAAUAUCUAUGGAUGACAGUGAACUUGAAGCUCGUCUUAAUAGUUGGAAUCUUGGGAUAGAAAAUCCAAGGUAUCUACGAGAGAAGCCCAUUCCAGUAUCUUUGCAGAUGACUACUAAAUCAAAUCUAGGGAAGGCCAGUAGUUUCCACGAUGAACAGUUACUCCUUCUUAUACAUGAAAAAGAGUUGGAGAUGAAAACAAAAAUAUUGGAAGGUAAAUUUCAUGAGGAGAAGCUUAAAUUACAACAGAAGCAUGAUGCUGAUGUGCAGAAGAUUUUAGAAAGAAAGAACAACGAGAUAGAAGAAUUGAAAACUUUAUAUAAAACUAAGCAAAAUGAAGCUGAUGAUACUAUUAAAAAGCUUGAGAGAAAAGUCCAGACUCUUAUUCGUGACUCCCAAGUGAUUAGAGAGACUAAAGAAAAUCAGAUUACAGAGUUAAAAAAAUUAUGUGAACAAAGCACAGAAUCCUUGAUCAAUGAUUGGGAGAAAAAGCUUCAUAAUGUGGUUGCAGAGAUGGAGAGAGAAAAAUUUGAGCUCCAAAAGAGACAUACAGAAAAUAUCCAAGAACUGCUUGAAGACACAAACAUACGCCUUUGUAAAAUGGAGGAAGAGUACAUGGCACAAACAAAGGCUACGAACCAAAUGGUAAAAGAGUUGGAGGCACGUGUCCAGCAGCUGAGUGGAGAAGCUGAAAACAGCAAUUUACAGUGGCAAAAAUUAAGUCAGGAAAAAUCUGAAUUGGAAAAAACCUACCAGAUGACAUGCUGUGAGCUGCAAGAAGUUAAAGCAAGGAACAACUCACUCCAUAAAGAAAAAAAUGAUAUCACAGAAGAUUUUGAACAAAACAUAAAAUUAUUAAAAACUAAAUAUAAUUCAGAUAUUCAGAUUAUGAAAGAAGAGUAUGCUAUGUCUUCUGCUAAGGCAUCUGAAUUGACUGAAAAGUUGGAAGAUGAUAUAUGUCAAUUAAAACAACAGCUACAAAAAUCAGAACAUCAAAAACAACAGCAGCUAAGGGAGCAAGAAAAUAUAUUCCAGCAGGAGAAAUUUCAAUUAGAUCUCAAUUAUGAAAAAAAGGUUCUUGGCUUCCAGAGUGAAUUUGAAAAGGAGAAAGGAGAUUUUCAAAAGAAAAUUCAUAAAUUGGAGGAGGCUUUCAGGGAGAAGGAGGAACAGCUGAAUCGGGUGACUGAGAUACAGAGGCUCCAGGCCCAGCAGGCAGAUGCUGCCCUAGAGGAAUUUAAGCGGCAAGUUGAGCUGAACUCAGAGAAAGUUUAUGCUGAAAUGAAACAGCAGAUAGUAGAGCUGAAACGGGAGCAUGAACAGGAGAAGACGCACCUAUUCCAGCAGCAUAAUACAGAGAAGGAUUGCCUAGUCCGAGAUCAUGAACGGGAAAUUGAAAAACUGGAAAAAGAGCUCCGCGCUGCCAAUAUGGAGCAUGAAAAUAAAAUUCAAGAGUUCAAGAAACGAGAUGCACAGGUUAUCUCUGAUAUGGAGGCCCAAGUUCACAAGUUGAGAGAAGAACUGAUUCAAGUAAAUUCUCAAAGGAAACAACAGCUUGUAGAGCUUGGACUUCUUCAUGAAGAGGAAAAGCAGCGAACAGCUAGAGACCAUGAGACUAUUGUCAACAAAUUGAAGGCUGACUCAGAAAAAAUGAAGUUAGAAAUGAAAAUGACAUAUGCAGCUGAAACAGAGUUAACAUUGGAAAAGGCCAAUAGCAGGUUGAAGCAUAUUGAGAAGGAAUACAGUCAGAAGUUUGCCAAAUCUUCACAGAUUAAACCUUUAACUGUGCUGCCAUUUGAAAUAUGCAAUUGGAUCAUAACUGAACUUCAGACAACGAUUUCCACUCUGAAGGAAGAGAGCAGCCGCCAACACCUGGCAGCUGAAAGGAGGCUCCAGGAAGUGAUAAAGAAGUUUGAAGAGGAAAAGAAGCAGAUGAUUAGAGAUAAUGACAGAACAAUCAAGGCUUUACAAGAUGAGCUGGAAAACCAAAGCAUUGAGAUGCGUUCCACAGAAAAAAAACUACAGCAUCGGGAGAUGGAAUCCCAGGAGCAGCUAACCUAUGUAAGGCAAGAAUAUGAAACAAAACUCAAAGGUUUGAUGCCAGCAUCUCUAAGACAAGAGCUUGAAGACACCAUUUCCUCUUUAAAAUCCCAGGUUAACUUUCUACAAAAGAGGGCAUCCAUACUUCAAGAGGAAUUGUCAGCGUACCAAAGCAGAAGGUAAUUGAAGGAGAAAAUACAAUUGCAGCAGCUGCUCAGUUCUCCUAAUGGAUUUCUUUCAACAGGUUUGAAGAUUUGGAUACUGUAAAUUAAACUGUGAG